GUUUUCAGUGUUUUCGACCUUUGCUCAGAACAAACAUGGCGUCUGUGACCGGAGAGACGAGAAGAUUCUUAAUCCUACAGCUCCUCAUCGCCUCUAUCCCAGCAUGCACUGGGCUUCCUGAAGGCGUGUUCGUGAGCAGACCCGAGGCUAGCGCCUUCCUGCAUCGCAGUCGCCGGGCGAACUUCCUGCUGGAGGAGCUGAAACACGGGAACCUGGAGCGCGAGUGUCUGGAGGAGAAAUGUUCCUACGAGGAGGCCAGGGAGAUCUUCGGUGUUCCUCAGCAGCUGGAAGCCUUCUGGAGGACGUACACAGCGGUGGACCAGUGUCUCUCGUCGCCGUGUAAGAACGGCGCCACCUGCACUCGCCACGUCAACACAUACUUCUGCAAGUGUCCACCUCGUUUCCAUGGAUACAACUGCAACAAAGUGCGUUUGACCUCCAGCAGCUGUCGCCAUAGAAACGGCGGAUGUGAACAUUUCUGCAAAGAGUUUCCAGAUCGUCAGUUUGUUUGUUUCUGUGCUUCGGGAUACAAGCUGGGUCCGGACAACAGCACCUGUGUGCCCGAAGAUGUCGUCCCCUGUGGAAGACCUCGGUCACACAUUGUCCCCAGGGUCGUAAACGGGAAAGCAUGUCCCAGAGGACAAUGUCCAUGGCAGGCUCUGUUGAUUGAAGAUGGGACCCUGAGGUGUGGAGCCAUCGUCCUAUCAGAUCAGUGGAUUCUAACCGCUGCUCACUGCGUUCUGAAUAAAGGAAUUUUCAACGUCAGUGUCGGGAAAUAUGAUUGUCAGAACCCGGAGAAGACGGAGCAGAAGCGGAAUGUGGUCAGAGUGCAGAUCCACCCGGGCUACAACCAGUCCAGCUACGACAGCGACCUGGCCUUGCUGAAGCUCUCCUCCCCGGUGAAGCUGGGCCGCCUGGUGGUGCCCAUCUGCCUUCCUGCCCGGAACAGCACCUUCAUCAGGACCAUGGCGACCGUCCGCCAGUCCACCGUGUCGGGCUGCGGCCGCAUGCUGGAGAGAGGAUCGGUCGCCAGCUUCCUGCAGCGCCUGGUGCUGCCGCGGGUUCCUCUGCAGGAGUGCCGCCUCCACACCAAGCUCAACAUCACCCGGAACAUGCUGUGCGCCGGGCACAGGGUUGGACGCCAUGACGCCUGCCACGGGGACAGCGGCGGCCCUCUGGUGACGCAAUACAAGAAAACCUGGUUCCUGGUGGGCGUGGUCAGCUGGGGGCAGGGCUGCGCCAAGGAAAACAAGUACGGCGUCUACACCAAAGUCAGCAACUUCCUGGACUGGAUCGAGAACGUCACGUCCAGCGUCUGAAAACCAGAGUUAUUGUUUCAGCUUCAUGAUUCUUCUCUCAAAUCACUGAUCAUCACUUGUUUUUAACACAAAACAUCAACGUUAUAAAACUUCUUUAAAACACAGUUUGACAGAUAUAAAUCCACCUUUGACAUCCUGUAUAAUAAAAUAUUUCUUUGUAAUUGUUGUGAAAUGUAUCUUUAAAUAAUGUGAAAUAUCAGUUAUUGUAAAAAAUAUAUAUAUUUAGUUAAAAUAAAGACAAAUUUAAGAAAAACUGGAAAA